ACUUAUUGUGACCUACAACAAACCACUGAGCAGUGCUUCGAAAAAGGAAAACGUCAAUACCCCCAAGUUUGUAAGUAUCAUCAUCAUAGCUCCUUUUUUUCUCAAUCUCAUUCGCGUUUUGCAUCUACGGUUUCUGACCAACAAGGCUUUCAUUGUGAAAAUGCACAAGCUGCUCCUGAUGACCAACAAUUCAAUCAAGCAUGGUAUCAAGGAGUUUCUCCACAUCCUUCAGUUAAAGUAGCAACCGUUAUCGCUGGUGCCUCCGCUGCCUUUUGGUUUAAUCAUCGUGACGAAAAUCCUCAAUGGAAACAACUUUUACCCCAGAAUGUAAUUAAUAAUGCGAAAUGUUGGAGUUAUGAAAAGAGUCAAAAAAUAUGUGAAAGUUUUAGUUGGUUAUCAGCAAUGUUUGAUGAAUCAUGUCCACAAGCUUAUAUG